AUGCGUGCCUCCGUGGCGGCGACGCCACCGUUUCUCGUGGACGUGGCGGUGAACCUUACCGACUGCGUGUUUCGCGGCGUCGGGUGGAAUGGCAGGCGGCUGCACGAGGAGGAUUUCGACCACGUCCUGCGGCGUGCGGCCGGCGAGGGCGUGCAUCAAAUGAUCCUCACGGGCACCAGUCUUCCCCAGUGUGAAAAGGCGAUUCGGUUAUGUCGUGAGCACCCCGGGAGAUUUUUUUGUACGGUGGGCGUGCACCCUGCGCACAGCGCGGAGUUCACCCGCCCGCUCGAUCUCGCGGCGAUGGAGGAAUUCGUCGAGAAUCGCGGCGCGGUUCUUCUGCCGGAGCCCAACAAGGUCGCGAUUCCCGCGGCGGAAGAGGACGAACACGCGCGGGCACACCUCAAGCACCUUCUCGAGCUGAUUGAGAGCAGCCGUGAUGUGGUCGUGGCGGUGGGCGAGAUCGGCCUCGAUAACGCGGAGCUUUCCUGUUGUCCUUCGGACCUCCAAGAAAAGUAUUUCACCCGUCAGCUUCGCAGUUUCGCGCCGCUAGGGCUGCCGUUCAUCUUUCACUCACGUGAUUGCGGGAUGCGCUUCGUGGAGGUGCUAAAGGCGGCGGUGGAGUCGUUGCCGAGCGAGUGCCCCCCUCUCCGCGGGGUCGUGCACAGCUUCAACGGAUCCCAAGAAGAGCAGGAGGCGCUGCUGGGGAUGGGCUUUUAUCUCAGCGUGAACGGAAGCGCGUUUCGCACUCGUGAGCUCGCCACGCGGGUGGUUUCCGGUAUUCCUCGAAAUAGGCUUUUGAUGGAGACUGACGCACCUUGGUGCGAUAUUCGCCGCGGCGAUUACGGCUUUCAGUUCGUCUCCACCACCUUUGAUACGACCUCACGGAAGAAACCGUUUGUGCUGGGAAAGUGUGUUGAGCGGCGAAACGAGCCCUGUCAUCUCGUGCAGGUGUUAGAGGCGUACAUCGGGGCGGCGAAGGAGGCUGCGAAAGAGGGACUUUUAUCAUACGAUAGCUCGGCAAUUUGUGAGGGGCUCACAAAGGAGGAACUCACGCGUGUUUUGUAUGAAAACGUAAAGACACUUUUUGGUUUGUAA